GAAUGUGUGUGUGGUGUGAGAGUGAAAGAGUACUUGCUGCUGAUCGAGCCUGCAAUGUGACUGUACAGAGAGGCAGAGACUCGCACUCCGCAUUCUGGAAUAUAACCAGCAGCAGGAGACCCUUCCCAACCAACAUCCCGGGCAGGAUCCAAAACUAUGAUUCCCAUUCUCAUCUUCUGCCUGCUGUCUGCAGUCGGUGCUGUGGAAGAAACCCUGCUGGAUACUCGAAUAGCCACUGCUGAGCUGGGCUGGACAGCAUAUCCUUCAUCAGGGUGGGAAGAGGUGAGUGGCUAUGAUGAAAACCUCAAUACUAUCCGUACCUACCAGGUCUGCAACGUCUUUGAGUCCAACCAAAACAACUGGCUGUGGACCACUUUCAUAAACCGCAAAGGUGCCCAUCGCAUCUAUGUGGAGAUGAGAUUCACUGUGCGAGACUGCAGCAGCAUACCCAAUGUCCCAGGUUCCUGUAAAGAAACCUUCAACCUGUACUAUUACGAGACUGACUCGGGGCUGACUGUGCAAGGUGCAGCACUGUGGACCGAAAUGCCGUACCUCAAAGUGGACACCAUCGCCGCAGAUGAGAGCUUUUCCCAGGUGGACUUUGGCGGCAGGCUGAUGAAGGUCAACACUGAGAUCCGCAGCUUUGGCCCACUGAGCAAGAAUGGCUUCUACCUGGCAUUUCAGGACUAUGGCGCCUGCAUGUCUCUUCUCUCCGUCCGAGUUUUCUUCAAGAAAUGCCCGAGUGUCAUCCAGAACUAUGCCACCUUUGCUGAGACCAUGACGGGCACAGAGAGCACCUCACUGGUCAUCGCCAAGGGCACCUGUGUGGAGAAUGCUGAGGAGGUCGACGUGCCCAUCAAACUGUACUGCAAUGGCGAUGGAGAGUGGAUGGUGCCAAUUGGGAGCUGCACCUGCAAGGCAGGCUUUGAGCCAGAAAAGGGGAUGGCAUGUAAAGCUUGUCAUUCGGGGACAUUUAAGGCCACUCAAGGGAGCGAGCAGUGCAUUCCCUGCCCUGCCAAUAGCAGGUCCUUAAGCGAGGCAUCCAGUGUGUGUUCCUGUCGCAACGGAUACCACAGAGCAGACUUUGACUCGCCCAAGAUGCCAUGCACAAGUGUUCCAUCAGGCCCACGCAACGUGAUAUCCAGUGUGAAUGAGACCUCCAUCAUUUUGGAGUGGAAUCCACCACGGGACGUUGGGGGCCGUGAUGAUGUCAUGUACAACAUUGUCUGCAAGAAGUGCCAUAGCAACCGGCGGUUGUGCACCCGAUGUGAUGAGAACGUGGAGUUUGUACCCAGGCAGUUUGGCCUGACAGAAACUCGGGUGUUCAUCAGCAGCCUUUGGGCACACACUCCCUACACGUUUGAGAUUCAGGCCGUCAACGGAGUCUCUGGCAAGACGAGGUUCCCCCCACAGCAUGUAUCUGUCAAUGUGACCACAAACCAAGCCGCACCCUCUACAGUUCCCAUUAUGCACCAGGUGAGCUCAACAAUGACCACAAUCACGUUGUCCUGGCCACAACCCGAUCAACCAAAUGGGAUCAUCCUUGACUAUGAGCUGCGUUACUACGAGAAGGAUCAGAAUGAGUACAAUUCUUCAGUUGUGAAGAGCCUGACAAACACAGCUCGCAUCGAUGGCCUGCGGCCUGGCAUUGUGUAUGUGGUACAGGUGCGAGCCAGAACCGUGGCUGGCUUCGGAAAGUACAGCGGCAAAAUGUGCUUCCAAACGCUGACAGAUGAUGACUAUAACUCUGAGCUGAGGGAGCAGUUGCCGCUGAUUGCAGGGUCAGCAGCUGCGGGAGUGGUCUUCAUUGUCUCGCUGGUGGCUGUCUCCGUCGUCUGCAGCAGGAAACGAGCCUAUGGAAAAGAAGCUGCAUACAGUGAUAAACUACAGCAUUACAGCACAGGGCGAGGUUCUCCCGGGAUGAAGAUUUACAUUGAUCCAUUCACUUAUGAGGACCCAAAUGAGGCCGUCCGGGAGUUUGCCAAGGAGAUUGAUGUCUCUUGUGUGAAAAUUGAGGAAGUAAUUGGAGCAGGGGAAUUUGGGGAAGUCUACAAGGGUCGCCUCAAGUUGCCUGCGAAACGUGAAAUCUACGCAGCGAUUAAGACCCUGAAGGCCGGCUACUCCGAGAAGCAGCGGCGGGACUUUCUAAGUGAGGCCAGUAUCAUGGGUCAGUUUGACCAUCCGAACAUCAUCCGCUUGGAAGGGGUGGUCACCAAAAGUCGUCCGGUGAUGAUCAUCACAGAGUUCAUGGAGAAUGGAGCUCUGGAUUCAUUCCUAAGGCAAAACGAUGGGCAGUUCACAGUGAUCCAGCUGGUGGGAAUGAUGCGGGGCAUUGCGGCUGGGAUGAAGUACCUGUCUGAGAUGAACUAUGUCCACCGUGACCUAGCUGCACGCAACAUCCUGGUCAACAGCAACCUGGUGUGCAAGGUGUCGGACUUUGGUCUGUCGCGCUACCUACAGGAUGACACUUCAGACCCCACUUACACCAGCUCUCUGGGUGGAAAGAUCCCCGUGCGAUGGACCGCACCGGAAGCAAUUGCGUAUCGCAAGUUCACUUCAGCCAGUGAUGUUUGGAGUUAUGGAAUUGUCAUGUGGGAAGUGAUGUCAUUUGGAGAGAGGCCUUACUGGGACAUGUCAAACCAAGACGUAAUCAAUGCGAUUGAGCAGGAUUAUCGUUUGCCACCACCCAUGGACUGCCCAGCGUCCCUGCACCAGCUCAUGUUAGACUGUUGGCAGAAAGACCGAAACUCCAGACCCAAGUUCGCCCAGAACGUCAACACUCUCGACAAAAUGAUCCGGAAUCCUACCAGCCUGAAGACCAUGGCCACCAUCACCGCAGUGCCUUCCCAGCCUCUGUUGGACCGCAGUGUCCCUGACUUCACUGCUUUCACCUCAGUAGAAGAUUGGCUCAGUGCAAUCAAGAUGAGUCAGUACAGAGAGAACUUCCUCAACUCUGGAUUCACAUCUCUGCAGCUGUGCAUGCAGAUGACGUCUGAGUGA